GGCGCGGGACAGGCCCGAGUGUUUCCGGGUCGCAAGGCGGGCGACCUUGUCGCCGCGGUCGGGCGGUGCGGCCUGCGCUGCCCACUCGAGUUGGCUGCGGGCUGCGCGGGAGCGUCCGGGCAGGCAGGAGAACGCUGGGGGCCGCCGGGUGUGCACCGAAGACCCGGGGGACGGGGAGCCGCUAGGGCCUGAGGAUCGCGGGUAGCCAGCCUGACGCGCUCUCGGAAGCCUCGCUGGUGCCUUGGUUCUGGACCGUGGGAACCUGGAAAAAGCGCUUCAGCUGAUAAAACCCAGGGAUGCUGAGAGACCUUGCUCUCCAACAUGUAGAGUGCGAGAGACCUUGCCGUGUGAUAAAUCAUUUUGCCUGAGAGGCUGAGGCGCGUCGUUUUCCAGCUGUAGCGCACAGACGAGGCGUUUUCCGACGCAGCAUUGCACGUUUACGCUUGUGCACCCUGAGUCCGCUUCUCAGCCAGUGUCAUGCAAACCCCGUGACACACAGCGCUGCUUUUCUUCGAGCCCAUUGGAAGACUGCUUUGUUUCGUUUAAGUAUCUACGUCUGUACAGCAUCGUAAACAGCAAAACAGUUCUCCCCACCCACUCACCUGCCUGUUGAUUAUAUGAUGGCCCGCACUAUGGAACCAGUGGCAAAGAAGAUCUUUAAAGGAGUUUUAGUAGCUGAACUCUUGGGCGUUUUUGGAGCAUAUUUUUUAUUUAAUAAGAUGAACACAAGCCAAGAUUUCAGGCAAAUGAUGAGCAAGAAAUUUCCCUUCAUCUUGGAAGUUUAUUACAAAUCCAUUGAACAGUCUGGAAUGUAUGGAGUCAGAGAGCAAGAUCAAGAAAAAUGGUUGAAUAGCAAAAAUUAGGACCAGUCAUCACGUUCAGCCUCCCAUCUAAGCUGUUUCUGACCUUUGUGGGGGAAAAGAAAGAUGAGCACACCACAUUGUGGACUCCUGGCCCCACAGAAGAAAACAGAAACUUCUGGUCUGCCAUGGCUCACAGUCAUUUCCCAUCUAUUAUGCAAAUCCCUGCUUUUGUUUGUUGCUUUCCUUUGGCAUUUACUGUUAAAGAUUACUGUUUAACUAAUAAAAGACUAGGAGAAGAAAGGAACAAAAUGCUCUAAAGAUUUUAUUUUCCCUGAACACUUUCUUUGGCAAAAGAACAGAAGCCAGUAACUUAUCAAUAUCAGAAAAAUGUCUAUAAAGUACUUAAAAAGUUACUUAGCAAAUUCCUAUUAUAUAAAAACCUGCCUAGAUAAAAAAACUAAAGUAACUGUUUAAAGUAAUUACAGUCUUUAUUGCUGUAGUCUAAAUACUUUUUAAUCCUAUAUGCUCCCCAUACAGAAAUGAAAAAGCCAUUCCUUCCAGGUCAUAAGGAACCAUUUUAUUCAUCCUUCCUAAAACGAUCCUCCAAAAAAUACAUCUUCAGAAGUUCUGAGUUAAGGCCAUUUAAAAACCUCCAUAAAAAAACUCAAGUUACUUGGGGCACCUGGGUGGCUCAGUC